AUGCAGUUCUCUACCGUCUUCCUCGGCGCCGUUGCCCUCUUCGGCUCUGUUGCCUUCGCUGCUCCCUCCGAGAACCUUCAGGCCCGCUCCUCUUGCCAGCUCGGCGACAUCUGGGGUGCCGGUGAUGCUGCUUGCAGCGCUUCUUGCAUUGCCCAGGGUGAGGGCUUCCACGGUGGCCACUGCAACGACAACAGCGUCUGCGUUUGCACCUACUAA